AUGUGCUCAUGGAGUAGCGGAAGCAGAGGAAAAAAGUUAGUUUCCCUGGCUACUAUUUCUAAAGUUAAUACAGUGAAUUCAGAGGAAGAGCCUUGCUUAAGCGCUCAGAAUUAUUAUUGUGAUGAAGAUGUACUACAGGAUGUACAGAUGGAAGAAUUCAUACCAAUUACCAAGAGUUGCGUAAUUGAUAAUGGAUCGAUGACUAUUCGAUACAUGGAUUCAGCUGAUACUGUUGAUCCAGAACAUCAUUCCACAAAUAGAGGAUACUGCUUGCAAGAUAUAUCUAACAAUGUGAUUGACAAGGAAUCUUGGAAUCUCAGAGAUAUUUUAAGUUACGUGGAUGGUCAGGCAAAUGUGGAAGUGGAAGAAAAAAAUAUUCAAAAUAUGGAAGACGAUAGUCGUGGGGAUGAGAAUAGAAGGGAACCUAUGAAAAAUGAUGCAAAUCAAAUAAUAGAAGAAACAGAGAUUGUAGAAGAGGAGAAUGAAACUAAAGGGUAUGAGGAAGCAGAUCCAUAUGAAACAGUUGAAGGCCACACAAAAAAAGGCGAAGAAAGAAAAAGAAAAAAAUACAAACUGUCCAAGGAAGUGAGAGCUGAAACUAAGAAAAACAAGGUAAUCUCGCUUCAUAAGGUCAGAGAAGGCUGUAUAAACUGUAAGCUCAAAUGUCGGACAUUCUUUACCGAGGAGGAGAGAAACACCACAAACCACGAAUUUUGGAAGUUGGACUGGAAGGGAAAACGAACAUUUGUGAUGAACUCGACAGAGAAUAGAACACCAAAGAGAAAAGUAGAAGGUUCAAAGAAAAACAAGACAUUCACAUAUUUUCUGAAGGAUUCUAGUGGUACAACAAGACGUGUCUGUAAAAUAUUUUUCCUAACAACAUUGGAAUAUAAAAAAACGAAUGACUGGAUAAUCCAUUCGGUGUGGGCAAAUGCUAAUAGCAAAAAUCAGUUACAAAAUGAUUUAGACCGCCGAGGUAGGCAUCCUCCUCCAAACAAGUUGUCUAAUAAGAUUAUAGAAAGCCAUAUUGACUCAUUUAAUCCAUCACUAUAGAAGAGUCCAUGCUCCUAAUCGUCUAUAUUUGCCGAGUGACUUGAAUGUCACCCUUAUGUUUGAAGACUUUAAAAAAAGAUAUCCCGAUAACAUUUGCUCCUAUGAAAAAUAUAGAAAAAUCCUCAAGGCGAAAAAUAUAUCGUUCGCAAAAUUAGGAAAUGAGGAAUGUGAACUCUGUGAGUCGUACCAUAUGCAUAAUUCCGAACAUAAAGC